AUGAAGUAUUUACUCGCAUCGGCUCUCCUCUUGGUUGCCCUUGAAACAUCACUCGCCGAUCCGAACGACUGGGUGAAUAUCGAGUACGUUGUGGCUCAAGGCAAGAACGGGGCGCCAGCAACUGCCGAUGCUCGUCGGACUAUCGCGAACGGGGCAAAGGCGAAUUCGAAGGACGGACCGUGGAGUGUCGCUAAGAACGCUAAGAAUACACCUCCCAGUGGUGAUCCGCACGAUUACCUGAGUUGGGCUCCAUACCACUGGCCAAACUGCAACUGGUGCUCCAACAAAGGUGGAAACCAGCACAUCACAAACCCGUCCGACGGAGACGGCUUCGAUUCUUCCGAUCCCGAUUAUUACAAUGGUCCCGGAGAUUGGGGCGACUAUCCGGAUGAUGAGGGAGACGGCAUGCAGCAGGACUAUUCCCUCCCACCUUUGCUACAACGACGCAUGGUCCGCGUUCGACGAGACUCCGUCCUCCCUUCUGUGGACGUCAGCUCUGAUAUACCAGUAGCAACGGGAACGCCUACUUCCUCUCUGUCCACCAGCUCCACGACAUCAGAAACGGCCUCAACAACUAAUCCCGCCUACGAUAACACCCCUAUGCAAGCUAAGAAAAGCCCGACGCCAAGUUCAAAAUGCACUCCCUCUCCGACCAAGUCGUUGGCACCUAGCGCGACUUGGACAACAUGCCCUUAUGUCGUUCGCGAUGGGCAAGUGAACCCCGACGUCCGAACCCUGACAGCCGGUCCAGCUUUAACAGACAUGACCCAAAGCGUCCUCUACAACGCCUUUGCACAUGCUCUGCAAGCUGGGGGAGCAGCCUCGGCAACCUCUGUCUACGCUCAACGUGCCGUUAACGCUCUCACGGCGUUCUUCAUCGACUCCAAUACUGCCAUACACCCCAAUGUCAACUUCGGACAAAUAGUGCGCGGACCGGGACCAAGCGGCAAGGAGGGGACAUUUACCGGCAUAUUGGAUCUGCGGGGGAUGGUCCGGGUCAUCAACGCUAUCCAGGUCCUGAAAGCUACCGCUGGGACAACGUGGACGGCAGAGCAGGAUAAGGGUAUGAAAGCAUGGGUGACAAAGUACGUUCAAUGGUUGGAGACCGACAAGCAAGCUCAGAAAGCUGCGGAUAGUCCCAAUAAUCACGGAUCAUUCUUCGUCAACCAAAUUGCGCCGUUGAAAUUAUACCUGGGAGAUACGCAAGGAGCUGCUCAAGCAGUGAAGCUCUACUUCUCUGGCAAGUUCCAAGAUCAGAUUGCCCAGUCCGGCGAACAACCCUUCGAGGCCGUUCGUACCAGGCCAUACCAUUACCGGGCCUUCAACUUAGAAGCGAUGAUUACCAACGCGAAGGUCGGCGAUGAACUUGGCUUGAAUUUCUGGACCACGAAGUCAAAGCACGGCGCCACGAUUCAAACUGCCGUCGACUUCCUCAUUGCCCAAAACCCCAAGAAAGAGGACCCUCUCGACGCCGUUCCUCACGUUGCAGCGGUCGCAGCCGCCUAUGGUGACCCCAGCGGGAAAUACGCCGCCUUCCUUAAACGCACCCAGAGCAACUAUCAACAACGACCGUACUGGUUCUACGAUCAGAGCUCGGCUUUCAAGACGGCGCCCGCGACGAAGAAGAAGAGGAUGGUGUUUGAUGCUGUAGCUCCACCCGUGGGCAUGAUGGAGACGGGGAUGUUUUCGACGGAGAUGCUUGGGGUGAAUGGGACGGUCGUCGAUUAUGACGAGGGAAAUGCUGGAUAUGACGCCGCCGAUGCCCCAGUUCUAUCUUUCGAGUGUCCUGCAGCAUUCGCGGACGCGACUUCGGUGGAGAUUGACGAUGGGAUUUUCGUUACCUGCGAGGAGCUGGAGCCGUUUUAUAAUCUGGGCUUAUAA